ACGUAAACGUAGCCAUUAGAAUCUGAAAAACGUAAAUAAGAUAUAGUUUGGUCAGUAUCAGUUUGAUUUUGGCGUUUCUAAUAUACAGUGCUACUCAAAUGACGGUUACUAAAUUAAAAACUAUCUAUGUUCUCAUACCACUGUAUACAUAGAUAUGUCUACUAAUAGAUCUCAGAUAGAAGUUCAAAUAACAAAUUGCAGGCCAGUCCUCAAACGAUGUUUCUCCACGAUCGAGCCUAAAUUACCAAGAGAUUUUUGGAUCAGUUCCUUAAGAAGUACGUCCCGAACUUCCGGUAAUUGAUGAGAAGUCACAGGAACAAACGCAUCCUGUCCACCAUACCAAACAUUCAGCUGGGACGCGAUCCAAAAUUAAGCCUUCAAGGCUGGUCCAAACGUUGGAUGAGAAUUUCCAAAUUAUUUAGUAUCUAUCUUAUCCCAGUCAAUUGAACGAUUGCAUCUCUCUAAGUGUAUUUUUGGUUAUUGCUUGCGGUCCUGCGAGUAGAUUUUUUAUAUCGCUGUUUUUAUCAUGGAAUCGAACAACAAUUUUGCUCCUAUCGUGUCCCUGGCAGCGGUAGCGCCCUCUUUGGAUUCAUCUCCCACCAAAUCUCCCCAAAACUGUGUUGUGCCUUUGGAGUUGAACGAGAAAAAUGAAGUUCGAUUUGACACUGCGUCUCUAUCCACACGAUCAUCUUCACCUUCUUCAUCUAGUUCUGAAGAGGACGAUCAACCCAAGAUACCUGAUGGAGGCUGGGGAUGGAUGGUAGUGUUUUCAUCAACAAUUCUCUCAAUGAUUGCCGAUGGUAUCAGUUUCUCCUUUGGACUUUUGUACGGAGAAUUCCUCAAGGAAUUCAACGCUUCUAACAGUGCUACCUCAUGGAUUGGAAGCUUGUUUCUGGCAGUGCCUCUUUUAACAGGCCCUAUAAUGAGCGCUUUAGUUGACAAGUAUGGAUGCAGAUUGAUGACUAUCGUCGGAGGCAUUAUUUCAGCGAUAGGCUUCAUUAUUAGUUCGAAAUGUUCCUCGAUUGGACUGAUGUAUCUUAAUUUUGGAAUUUUAUCCGGUCUUGGAUUGGGAUUAUGUUAUGUGACAGCGGUUGUAUCAAUCGCUUUUUGGUUUGAUAAAAAACGUACUCUAGCUGUUGGUUUAGGAGCUUCCGGUACUGGGAUUGGUACCUUUGUAUUUUCACCAAUAACAAACUUCCUGAUCAACGAGUACGGAUGGAGAGGUACUACAUUGAUUUUAGGUGGAUGUUUAUUAAAUAUAUGCGUUUGUGGAGCACUGAUGAGAGAUCCUGAUUGGAUUAUUGAGCAGAACAGUAAACCGUCAAAAAGAUCUAAAUCGGAGAAAUCAAGUAAAACCAGUUUGGAAUCAGUAACAUCAGGGAGUAAUUCCAUAGAUCUGAAUGAGUUAAAGCAUCUAUUAACCAGUGGCAAAGAUGUAGAAUUUUUGUUGCAAAAAUUGGAAACAUCACUGGAUAAUAAUGAGGAUAAAGCAAAGUUAAAGAAAUAUUUUAGUUCUGCUUUAAAUUUACCUACCUUUAUCAAACAAAAUGAAAAGGUGCCUUUGGAAGUUUUAGAAUUGCUGAGCGGUAACAAAAAGUUGUAUAAUGUAAUUUUACAAAACUACCCUAGCUUAUUGAUGAGUAGAAGCACAUCACUUGAUAACACUUUAAAUAGAAUCAAAGAUGCACCAAUAGAUAGAGUUCCAGUCACCUUAAAUAUGAAACUCAAACGAGAAGUUAGACCAAAAUUAUCUGAAAUACAUCAGGUUUCAUUGCCUGAAAACCAUGAACCAUUACCGGAAGAACCUCUAAUGGGUUACAAAAACCCUAGAAUGCCUCCUAAUGCUUCGUUUCCACGUCUCAAGCAAGCCUGGCAUUAUACGCCAAAGCACGAUACUUACUUCAAGAAUUUAAAAGUGCAUAGACAGUCCCUGAUACAUAGAGGAGCUAUAUUCAACAUGAACAAAUACAGAUUUAAAGCUUCCAGUUGUCCAAACAUAUACAGAGUCUCUAUGAUGUCUUUACCAAAAGAAAAGGAAGAGAAAUGGUCUACCGAAAUAGUUGAUUUGGUGAAGGGCAUGUUCGACUAUUCUUUAUUCUUAGAGCUACAUUUUUUCUUGCUGUCUUUGUCAACUAUAAUCCUUUUUGUUUGGUUUAUAGUGCCGUAUUUUUACGUGGCAGAACUCAUGCUCAAACAUCACUACACCAUGGAAGACGCCUCGUUCACUAUAUCGAAUAUUGGUAUUGCUAAUACUAUUGGAAUGGUGUUUCUUGGAUGGGCUGGUGAUAGAUCAUGGAUGAACAUAACCAAAACCUACGCAGUGUGUCUAGUGUUAUGUGGAAUCUCGAUAGCAGGGAUUAUGAUGUUUAUUGAGAAUUUUCUUGUAAUGGAGAUAUGGGCAUCAUUGUUUGGUUUGUUUUUGUCAAGCACCUUUUCAUUUACGCCAGGAAUUUUGGUGGAAUUGGUACCAUUAGAAAGAUUUACCAUUGCCUAUGGAUUACAGUUGUUAUGCAUGGGUAUAGGCAUCUUAUUAGGACCACCUUAUGCGGGAUUGCUUUAUGAUCAGUCGAAAAGUUGGCAACAACCAUUCUACCAAGCGGCAAUUUGGACUGUGCUUUCGGGCAUAUUUAUUGGUUUAAUUCCUUAUACAAAGAAUAGAAAAAUUAUUGGAAAAGGUCCCGUUGAAAAAGAAAUAGAGGAUUCUGAAGAUAGGCUUAUACCUAUUAUAGUUCAAAUAGUAAUCAUGGUCAUUCUUGUAAUUUUCGUUGCUUACUUAACAGUACAAAGUUUUGUAAAUACGACUCCAAUAUUCCCAGAAAAUAACUAACAAAUCAUUUUUGUGAUAUUCGCUAAAUUCUUCCAUUUCUUAGAAAAACAAGUAGUAGUUUAAGAUAAUACAAUUUUUUUUUAAUUUUCCAGUAGGAAAUAAGUGAGUUAUUUAAUACACUGUAAAGUAUUAUUGAUUUGCAACAAGUAUUAGUAGAUACUUAAUUUUACUCUUAAAAUGUAUUUCUAUAUAAAUAGGCCUAAGUCAAAUUGAUUAAAAUAACACAAUAUUGGUGCUUCUAAGUGCUCUUUAACGAAAGCGUAGAGCUGUCAUACCAACGUUGAAAAAUAUUUUUAGCAUAAUUUACAGCUUUUCUAUGAAUUUAUACUUUUUCUGUAAAUUCUAAAUUUACACUUUCUACACACAGUGUAUAUUUACACAAAAUAUGUAAAUUUACAAAAAAAGUGUAAAUUUACAGAAAAAGUGUAAGUUUACAGAAAGAAUGUAAAUUUAUUUUUUAUAUAAUAAUUUACAGAAAAAGUGUAAAUUUACAGACAAACUGUAAAUUUACAGGAUAACUGUAAAUUUUGCUAAGCUAAAUUGUCAGCGUUGGUAUGGCAGCUCUAUGCUUUUGUAUUUUUCUAUAUAUUAUGAAAACCAGAAGUUUGAGUAUGAAUUUUAUAUGCCAAUCUUUGAUUUUUGUUGGCACCAUUAUAAUUAGAUUGUAGUUUUUGAUUUGUUUUCCAUAAUUUAGUAGGUUUGUUUGCUUAAAAAUAUUAGUGAACGUAAAUAGUUAAGUUCAAUUAAAUCAGGAUAAAAAAAA